CUAUAAGUAAACGUUUCUGGAGUGUGUAUGCUCGGUGGAAGGGGUCUUGCUGUGACUUUCGAUCCAUAGUGCACGCGUCAAACGAGGCCGUCUUGGGACACGACCAAAACAUGGGAAGCCCAAUGGACGACAUCUCCUGCGGGAAAGAAGUCCUCCCCAUCCCCGCCACGGACGCUUCGUUUGAGCCCUUCGAGUAUGUAACCAAAAACAUCAUCCCCACCCCUCUCGCCACCCCCUACUACGACGGCUGCACAUGCCUGCAUUCCUGCUCGUCCUCGGCCUCCUCCACCGAGACCGAAUGCGGCUGUCUGCUAGCCCACGGCGCCGCCUACGACCGUAAUCGUCUUACAGACCGUCUCACACAUCCGCACGCCAUCUACGAAUGCAACACCCGCUGCACCUGCCCGCCCACGUGCGCCAACCGGCUCGUGCAAACGGGCGUCACCCUCCCGCUACAGGUGUUCCGCACGGCGGGGCGGGGGUGGGGUGUCCGGGUGCAGGAUCGUGUGGCGCGGGGGGCGUUUGUGGUGGAGUAUGUUGGGGAGGUGGUUGGGACGCGGGAGGCGGGGCGGCGGUGGCGGGGGAGGCGGGCGCGGGGGAAUUAUCUGUUGUGUCUGCGGGAGCAUGCGGAGACGAUGAUCUAUCGCACGAAUAUUGAUCCGACGCGGAAAGGGAAUGUUGCGAGGUUUAUUAAUCAUUCAUGUGCGCCAAACCUGGUGGUCGUCCCCGUACGCGUUGACACGAUGAUACCGUCUGCCGCGUUGUUUGCGGCGUGUGAUAUUGAGGCGGGGAGUGAGUUGACGUUUCACUAUGGUGGAGAGGGUGGUGCGGUGCAGGAUGAGGGGGCUGGAGCAGGAGAAGAGGGGGGAGAUAGGAUACCGUGUGUGUGUGGGAGUGAGGCUUGCUGUGGGUAUCUGCCUUUUGAUGCGGGGUUGGAAUGAUCCCCCCUGCGCAUCGCUGUUCCGGAUUGGGUAUUGAAUACAGGUUAGAGUUGGGGAAGACGGCGUAACAUUAUUCAUGCACAAAACGAAACGGAUAUAUUAUGUACAUGUACAACUGAAUGGUAACCGCAAACUACGAGC